AAGACACCUGGAAAGAAAAAAUCAAGUAGUAGCCAAGUGCAAACCAAAAAAGAACAAAAAAUAAAAGCUACAAACUCUAACAACGAAUUUAUAUCAAUUCUAUCAAAAAGAAAAAGACUCAACUACAUAUCUGAAGAAAAAGAACAAAGUG